AUGUUUUGGAUCAGAUUCACUUCUGGAAACUGGCCUGAAUACCUUGGACAAACAAUAACCCUUGAUUAUGACAGGAUUACCAGAAAUCGUCACUUUACAUCAAAACAGGAGAAUAGAACAUUUAUUCUGCAUAUUAAAGAAGCUCAGUGGAAUGACACUGGGCUUUACUACUGCAUUAAAGUUGAAAACCUAAAGCUGGUAUUUGUGAAUGGAACUUUUCUAAAGGUCAAAGGACAACAAGGAGGCAUCUCUGCUUCAACCCAGGUGCCUCUUUCUGAUCCCCUCUACCCAGGAGACCCAGUGACUCUACAGUGUUCAGUUUUAUUUGACUGCAAGGGGACAGAAUGUCCAAGUGAUCACAGGGUCUUCUGGUUCAGAGCUGGAUCAGAUGAGUCACAUCCCAGUGUUAUUGAUGUUGAUGGAAAAAGUGGAAAAGAAUGUGUGAGGAGUCUUGAGGCACCUAAAUGUGUCUACAGCUUCUCGAAGAAUGUCAGUUCCUCUGACACUGGGACUUUCUACUGCGCUGUGGCCACAAAUGAAGAGAUCAUUUUUGGAAAUGGAACUAAACUGGAUGUUCAAGAGCAAUCAAAUCUUUGGAAGUCCAAAAUACUUUUACUCUUAUGUGUGGUUGUGGCUGCAUGUCUAGUUGUCAUCAUGUGCCUCAUUUACAUCUUGAAGAAGAAAACCCAUGAUUUUUGCAAUGAUGCUGUCACAGGACAUGGUGCUCAGCAGAAGGAACAGGAAAACUCUUUGGUUUAUUGUGCCCAAACCUUCACCAGGAGCAAAGGUGGAAAAGCAGAAAGAAGAAAAGUAAAAGUGACACAUGAGGAGACAACCUACACACGCAUCAAGGAUUUCAGGAUUCAGUAA